UCUCGGGCUGCGUGUUCUCCGGUGGCCGCUCACUCGAGCCAGGCAGCUGCCAGCGAUGAGACGCCUGGAGCCCUAGCAGGACCUCGCUGUGGCCGCCAGCAGCCGCCUACACCCGCCGGGUCUUCGGAGACUCUCCGGAUAAGGGUCCCCAACCAGAGGAGAAUGGCUACAGAAAAUCACUCUACAGUCACAGAGUUCAUUCUUGGAGGUUUAACCAGUCGGCCAGAGCUCCAGCUCCCCCUCUUCCUCCUCUUUCUUGGGAUCUACUCCAUCACCAUGCUAGGGAACCUGGGCAUGGUCACACUGAUUUGGCUGAGUGCUCAGCUUCACACCCCCAUGUAUUACUUCCUCAGCAAUCUGUCACUCGUGGAUCUCUGCUACUCUUCUGCCAUUACACCAAAGAUGCUAGUGAACUUUGUGUCAGAGAAGAACACCAUCUCCUACGCAGGGUGCAUGUUCCAGCUCUACCUCUUCAUUGUGUUUGUCAUUGCUGAGUGUUACAUGCUGACAGUGAUGGCCUAUGACCGCUAUGUCGCCAUCUGCAGACCUCUGUUUUACAACACCAUCAUGUCUCAUCAAGUCUGCUCCCUGCUGGUGGUCACCGUCUAUGCCAUAGCACUCAUUGACUCAACCGUAGAGACUGACCUCAUAUUGAAACUCUCCUAUUGUGAGCGCUUCAUCAGUCAUUACUUCUGUGAUAUUGUUCCCCUCAUGAAGUUCUCCUGCUCUAACACCUAUGAUGUUGAGAUGACAACUUUCUUUUUGGCUGGGCUUAACAUCAUUCAUCCUGUCCAGCAUCCUCGCAUCUGCACCCUAGAGGGAAGAUCCAAAGCCUUCAACACCUGUGGCUUCCAUCUUGCAGCUACAGGAUUAUUUUAUGGAUCUGCCACAUUCAUGUACUUGAAACCCUCCACAGCCAGUUCCCUGGCCCAGGAGAACGUGGCCUCCGUGUUCUACACCACAAUGAUCCCCAUGCUGAACCCCCUCAUCUACAGCCUGAGGAAUAAGGAAGUAAAAGCUGCCAUGCAUAAAACUCUGAGGAGAAAACUCAUUGGGUAUAAAUAUCAUUAUUCUUUCUCAGGUUGAAAAGUGGGAUGUAAAUAUAGGGGAGGAGCCCCCUAAAAAUUUACAUACACAUGAAGAGGGAACAGCCACUU